AUGGCGGAGGAACCGUCCGCCAAGCGUCAUCAUGGCGAGCCGUCGGACAAGAGCAGCAACCUCGUCGACGUUCAUGUCCCCGGCGAGAAGCACGAGUACACGAGAACCCUCACAGGGGUUGAGCUUCACGGCAAAGAGACGCUGGAGAUCAUCUGCACCAGCAAACCAGACAAGGCCGACGAGGUGAUGAGCAGGCUCAGGAUGAAGGGCGGCGGCUUGUAUCCGAGCUUCAUCGGAGUUGAUGUGGAGUUCACCAGCGACGAUGAACCUCCACAGAUGGCGGUAGUCCUGCAGUUGUGCGUCAAGGAACUCUGCUUGGUGUACCACAUCGCAGCAGCCACAAAAUGGUAA